AUGAAUCGUAAAAUUUAUUGUCCGUGUGAUAGUGAUUUCACUCAACAUUACCGAUCCCAAGCAGGCAAUGGAUACUCUGAUAUUACGUUAUAUCGAGGACAGCCUUACCAGCGAGGAUAUGGUUGGUAUUUUCUCAUGAUGGAGUACUUACAUGAAUCUUCAUUACCUUCAAGCAAGUCUGAGUUACAGGUAUUCACUAUACCUCCUACUCAAACUGCAAUUGAGUCAAGCUAUGAAGUCGAAUAUCGACCGGUUUCUAGUCUUGAAUCAAGUAAUUUCUACGAAAUAAAUGUUCCUUCAAGUGAAGAUUUUACUGAUUUAGCAUCUACAAUGAUACAUUUGAAUGUUGUUGUUACAACCAAUACUCAUUUAGCAUUAGCAGAAGAAAACCAUGUGCGAGCUGUAGAGAAUUUCGGAAAUGCAAUGUUCGAGCAGAUCGACGUUUUCCUAGGUUCGGUUAAUACUGUCCAAGCAAAUAACAUGUACCAUUAUCAAUCAUAUCUCGAAGACUUAUUAUUCAGGCACCCUAAUUUCUGUGACUCGGGAAGUCAAGUAACAGAAACUGAUUUACGUCAACCUUUCGAUUUAUUUUUCCGUUUGCAUUCAUCAAUAUGCGAACAGGAUAAAUUGCUACUGAAUGGUGUACCUUUAACUUUUAGAUUCACUAAAAGUCCAUCAGGUUUCCCAUUGAUCUCCCCUGAUGUGACUGAAUAUAAAUUCACAAUCAAAAAGUUUUCUCUUUUUAUCAAAAGAGUCAAGCUUUUCCCCGAAGCACAUAAGAGUUUACUUCAAGGUUUGGAUAAAGGUGCUGCUAAAUAUUUCAUUACAAGAAAUGAUACUCGAAGUUUCGCUAUUUCAGCAGGACAAACAUCAGUAUCAAUUGAAAACAUUUUCAAUGGCGUUCUACCACGUCGAAUACUUAUUGGUCUCGUAAAAGAUUCAGCUCAUUCAGGCUCUAUUAAAGAGAACCCAUUUGAUUUUCUAAACUUUAAAACUAACUAUAUCGCAUUAUCAGUUGAUGGACAUACUGUUCCGAGUAUACCGUAUACUCCUAAUUUUGCUGAAAAUUUAUUUGCGAGGGAAUUCAUCAACCUUUAUCGAUGUUUCAAUCAAGAUGAAGGAAUCCCUCAAUUAAAUUUAUCUAAGGAGUCUUAUUUAUCAAACUCAACUUUAUUUGCCUUUGACCUAACCCCUGAUGGAAGUAUUGGGGCUGAAAAUGGAACUUUAUCUCUGAUUAAAAGAGGGAAUAUAAGACUUGAUAUUAAGUUUACUGCUAAACUUGAUGUUUCAAUUAAAGCAAUUGUGUUUGCACAAUUUGAUAAUUUGAUCACUAUUGAUAAAGACCGAGUUGUACGAUUGGAUUACUAA